AUGUCGACUUUCCAAAGUAUACAGAAGCUCCGCCCUGUCGCUCGCACGCGGUCCAAUCUCUCGCGCCGCACCGUCUGGACUUCUCAACAAUACAUUGAGCGAGAAGAGAAGGUCGGCGCCCAUAAUUACCACCCGCUUCCUGUGGUGUUGAAGAAAGGCCGAGGCUGCAAGGUCUGGGACGUGGAGGGGAAGGAGUACUAUGACUUUUUGAGUGCCUACUCGGCUGUGAACCAAGGCCAUUGCCACCCCAAGCUGGUCCAGGCUUUGACGGAGCAAGCCCAGACGAUUACGCUCACGUCUCGUGCCUUUUACAACGAUGUGCUCGGCGAGUACCAAGAGUACAUGACGACGCUGCUUGGGUUCGACCGCAUUUUGCCCAUGAACACGGGCGUGGAAGGCGGCGAGACCGCUGUGAAGCUCGCCCGUCGCUGGGCCUACGAUGUUAAAGGCGUUGCUGAGAACCAGGCCAGGGUCAUUUUUGCCCAAAACAACUUUUGGGGCCGCACGUUGAGUGCCGUGUCCUCGUCGAGUGACAAGAACGCGUACGGCGGCUAUGGGCCGUUUAUGCCGGGUUUUAGCAGUAUUCCGUACAACGAUGCUGAUGCAUUGGAGGAAGUGUUCAAGAAAGAUGGCAAGAACAUUGCAGCUUUUAUGGUGGAGCCAAUCCAGGGAGAAGCUGGGGUCGUAGUGCCGCAUGACGGCUACUUGAAGCGUGUGCGCGAGAUUUGCACCAAGUACAAUGUGCUCUUGAUUGCUGAUGAGGUGCAAACCGGGUUGGCACGCACGGGGAAGAUGCUGGCAGUGGACUAUGAAGAUGUCAAGCCGGACAUUCUCGUGCUCGGCAAGGCUCUUUCGGGUGGCAUGUACCCGGUCUCGGCUGUUCUAUCUAGUGACGAGGUCAUGCUUACGAUCAAGCCCGGGCAGCACGGGUCUACGUAUGGUGGCAACCCGCUCGGGUGUAAGGUCGCUAUGGCUGCCAUGAAAGUCAUUGAGGAAGAGAACCUUGCUGAGAACGCCUUUAAGCUUGGCAACAAGUUCCGGAGCGAGAUGGAAAAAUUCGACUCAAGCGUGCUUCAAGGUGUACGUGGCCGUGGUCUGCUGAACGCGAUUAUCAUCAACGAGCGCCCGAAUCAGCCGGACGCCUUGCAGCUUUGCAUGAACAUGGCCAAGAAGGGGUUGCUGGCUAAGCCGACUCACGGCAACAUCAUCCGUCUUGCGCCUCCGCUUGUCAUCAACGAGCAGCAGCUCGACGAGUGCACGGCGAUCAUCCAAGAAGUCCUCACGGAAGCGGAGUCGUAG